UUCGACUUUAAUGUCAGACUUCUCACGUACGACUCUUAACGACUAUAAUCCUACACUAAACCUUACGCUGCCGCCACGAUGGGCUCGUCUGCUGAGUUCAGCUUCGCAGAGUGUCACAUCCAACGGAACGAAAUCCGUCUGUUGACUCUCAAAGGCGGAAGUCUCGAUGAAGACAUCUCAUGCAAUCUCCGACGCCACCACUUUAGUCAUGAAAACCUGAGAGCAACAAAGUUUAUGGCUCUGUCUUACUGCUGGGGCGACCAGGAUGACAAGGUCGCAAUCCACGUCGAAGAUAAGGUUUUCAAAGUCACACGCAACCUGAGGAUGGCACUCCAACACUUGAGGGGCACAAACUCAGUAGUGUUGUGGGUUGAUGCGAUCUGUAUCAACCAGGCCGACAGAGUCGAGAAGAACCAUCAACUGGAAAAACUGAGAAGUAUAUACGAAUGGGCGGAAGACGUUAUUGCUUGGCUAGGACCUGCAGGUUCUGAUAGCGACAUGGCGAUGAUGUUCUUCGGUUUUCAUGGCGAAAGGAUUCGUAUACUCGAGCGCUUGUUCACCCAAGAGAUCCUACCAAAAGAUUUCGAAAGACGGGGAAACCUGUCUCACUUUCUACCAUUGUCCAGCAACCAACGCCAACACACUCUUCGCCAAAAAUCCCAAGCUUUAGAGGACUUGGGAGAGUCCAUGUUUGAACAUGAUCAACAUCGACUCCGUCUAUCAAUCGAGGCGAUUUUGGCACGCGAAUACUGGGAAAGAAUGUGGAUAGUUCAAGAAGUUCUCAGCGCCAAAAGUCUCACACUAGCCUGUGGUCUAUUGAAAGUACCGUAUGAUAACGCCACCACAGUCAUCAAUGCUUUCACGGCUAAGCGGAACCAAAAAAUCAACGAGGGAAUGAAUGAACUACAGUCUCCAGCGCCAAUACCCACGGGAUACAGGAGCGACGACAUAAGUGGACUAAAAAACUACCUGCCAAUAAGGACCCCAACCCAUGCCACUAAUAUAGGUCGCAUGGCCCACGAGAGGCUUACAACUCCAGCUCAACUUGCGAAAGACAGGUCGUACCUGUCAUCUCGUGAUCCAAUAUGGCUGCUUGGUCUGCUAAAAAGCCUUCGUCAUUUCAAAUCGACAGUACCACAGGACAAAAUCUUGAGCCUGGUUGGCCUACUAGAGCCUGACCUGGCACGAAAAUUCCGUCUAGACUCUGGGCUUAGCCUACUUGAGGUUUCCAUAGACCUCUGUCGGCUUUGUAUUACUCCGCCUGGUCCCUAUUCCUCAAAACGGUCAAUAAACAUUCUUUGUCUAAGUGAACCUCGCCAAGGGAGCGGUUUCCCUUCCUGGAUGCCAGACCUUUCGCGGUACAGUGGAAUAACGACAUGGCCUGAUGCUCGUAUAGAUGGAAUGGAAUGGUUGGACCAGAACUGCAAACCUUGCCCAUUAAUAUCUCUAGAUAACACUAUACUAGCCGUCUCAGGGCUGUCCCGUACGGAAAUUGUCGGCAUUACAGAGCAGGAUGACGAUCCUUUUACUCGUGAUGACUUAGGUCUUCUCACUCGGAUUCGAAAAUUCGAAGGCCUUUUGAGAACAGUGCUACCAGGACAAUAUCCGGAUAAACAAUUCUGGUCGACUAUUAUCUUGGGAAGAUACGAACCAACUGGAGUCUCACGGGAGCGUCUUAUCGAUGUUAUAUAUCCCUCCAGCAACGAUAAGCCUUCCACGUUUCUCAACAUUUUUCGGGAAGAAUCAUACGGUCGACGGUUCGCUACUUUCGGCUCCAAUGUAUACGGAAUGGUACCAGCCGCCGCUAAGAAGGGAGAUAGACUCUGUGUUCUAAAGAAAUGUGAUUUCCCAGUCAUCCUGCGUUACCUUGGGUAUGAGAUGUAUGAAUUCAUUGGUCCAUGUUUCAUUUCUGGUUCGCCUCACGCUUGGGGAAAGUUAUCGGUGCGAGUUUUUUGUAUUCGCUAGUAUUAAAGCCGUGCGGGCUAGGAGUUGAAAGACCUUCAUCUUUGACGCUGUACGGGCAGCAAGCGGGGUGGAAGACCACACGGGGUGGCGGGUCAAGUUCCCGAAGAACCGACUGUAUGGCAGUUUUGUCGGAUAGGUCGCAUUGGUGGUAAUGUACGCCUUGAACUCUGUUGCGAGAGAUGUUCAGGUCAAGAACAGCCACGGAGCAUUCGGGCUCGGAGUCGAGGAUGCCUGACAGAAGAUGGUGACC